AUGGCUACGCUAAACAAGGAUUUUUUCAGAGAAGCACAACCGUCAGAAUUGGCCUUGUUCGACCUCCCUCCGACACAAACGGCCAUGGAAAAUGUAUAUUAUCAAGAUGUGUUACCCAUUUCACAAAUUAGCAGCGAUUCGCCCAUCGAAUUCAUGGUUUCCGGUCAAAACGGAUUAGAAUUGCUAGAUUUGAAAAACAGUCUCGUCUAUACAAAAGUUAAAAUCGUUAAAGGAGAUGGCACUGCAAUAAGCGAUAUGGAAGAUGUGGGACCUGUAAAUUUACUUUUACCUGCUUUGUUUACGCAAGUGGAUGUGACUUUACAAGGGAAGACCGUCGUAUCGACAACAAACCAUUAUGCUUACAAAGCUUACCUCCAAACUUUAUUGAAGUAUGGCAAGGACGCCAAAACGUCACAAUUGACGACACAGCUAUGGUAA